CGCGGCGCGCGCACUGGCAUGAAUUUUGAAUCAAGCAACUGAACUGUGCGAAGUGCGAAGCGCUGCGAAGCGAUUUUUACCAAACUAUCUUACGAAGUGUUUCUUAUUUGAGUGUGAAGUAAUACAAUAACAAUGUCUCUGCUACCAUACGUAUUUGGUUUCCAACGUCCAAGCCGCCUCUUGGAUCAAGAGUUCGGCCUAGCGUUGACUCCUGACGACCUGUUAACCGCUGCCGUCAGUCCGUUACUAUCCAGGGACUACUACAGACCAUGGAGGCAGCUAGCAGCCGCGGCUCGGGACGUCGGUUCAAGCAUCAAAGCCGACAAGGAUAAAUUCCAGAUCAAUUUGGACGUGCAACAUUUUUCGCCGGAGGAAAUAAGCGUGAAGACGGCCGAUGGUUUCAUUGUGGUCGAAGGGAAGCAUGAGGAAAAGAAAGACGAACAUGGUUACAUCUCUCGUCAGUUUGUGCGCAGGUACGCUCUACCAGAGGGCUGCAAACCCGAGACUGUAGAGUCCAGACUGUCCUCCGACGGUGUACUAACUGUAGUUGCUCCAAGACAACAACAACCAGCUUUGAAGGAUGAAAGAGCCGUGCCCAUUCAACAAACCGGACCUGUGCGUAAAGAGAUCAAGGAUGCCAAUAACGAAGAAGCCAAAAAGUAAUUACAAAGUUCCAUUAUCUUCUCGAAUGAGUAUUUAAGUUUAAGACUGAUUAUGUAUGUUUCCAGUUUGUAAAAUUUUUGUACCAAACCUUUUGUUUACUUAUAAGUUAU